CCGCGAUGCCUGCCUCCGCGCCCCGCGGGACCCCUUUCCUUCUCCUAGCUCCUCUCCUGAUGCUGUCCGCUGUGCUGGCCGUGCCCCUGGACCGCGCGGCGCCCCAUCAGGAGGACAGCCAGGCCACUGAGAGCCCGGACACAGGCCUGUACUACCACCGCUACCUCCAGGAGGUCAUCAAUGUGCUAGAGACAGACGGGCACUUCCGGGAGAAGCUGCAAGCUGCCAACGCUGAGGACAUCAAGAGCGGAAAGCUGAGCCGAGAGCUGGACUUCGUCAGCCAUCAUGUCCGCACCAAGCUGGACGAGCUCAAGCGACAGGAGGUAUCGAGGCUGAGGAUGCUACUCAAGGCCAAGAUGGAUGCAAAGCAGGAGCCCAACUUGCAGGUGGACCACCUGAACCUCCUCAAGCAGUUUGAACACCUGGACCCGCAGAACCAGCACACAUUUGAGGCGCGGGACCUAGAGUUGCUGAUCCAGACGGCCACCCGAGACCUUGCCCAGUAUGAUGCUGCACAUCAUGAAGAGUUCAAACGCUACGAGAUGCUCAAGGAACAUGAGCGAAGACGUUACCUGGAAUCUCUGGGAGAGGAACAGCGGAAGGAGGCUGAGAGGAAGCUACAAGAGCAACAGCGCAGACACCGGGAACACCCCAAAGUCAACGUCCCUGGCAGCCAAGCCCAAUUGAAGGAGGUGUGGGAGGAGCUGGAUGGACUGGACCCUAAUAGAUUCAACCCCAAGACCUUCUUCAUACUGCAUGACAUCAACAGCGAUGGUGUCCUAGAUGAGCAAGAGCUGGAAGCUCUCUUCACCAAGGAGGUGGACACCAACCAGGACCGUCUUGUGACCCUGGAGGAGUUCUUGGCAUCCACACAGAGGAAGGAGUUUGGGGACGCUGGGGAAGGAUGGAAGACAGUGGAAAUGUAUCCAGCCUACACAGAGGAGGAGCUGAGGCGAUUUGAGGAAGAGCUUGCUGCCAGGGAGGCUGAGCUGAAUGCCAAGGCCCAGCGCCUCAGCCAGGAGACCGAGGCCCUGGGGCGCUCCCAGGACCGCCUGGAGGCUCAGAAGAGAGAGCUGCAGCAGGCUGUUCUGCAGAUGGAGCAGAGGAAGCAGCAGCAGCAGCAGCAGCAGCACGAACAGAAGGCUCCGCCCUCCAAGCCUGACGGGCAGCUGCAGUUCCGGGCAGACACAGAUGAUGCUCCUGUCCCAGCUCCAGCAGGUGACCAGAAAGAUGUGGCUGCUUCUGAAAAGAAGGCCCCAGAACAGCCCCCCGAGCUCCCCCAGCUGGACACCCAGCACUUAUGAUCUCUCAGUGACCCCCCCAGCCCUCAAGCCCUACACAGAGCGACGGAAGCUGGAUGAAGUGUCCUUGCGGCCUCUCUGGAGGCCUGAGCCUGCAUGGCCUCCUGGGGAGGAGAACAGGGCUCCUUCCUUAGAGGCGCCUGUGUCUGCCCCCUCAGCUCUUCCAGCCUCCAGGUCCCGGUUCUUCCUUUCGUCUCCUGGCUUCUUUACUCUGUCAGGGACUCACUGCAGGAGCUGGAGCUGAGAGAGACCCUCACGUACCUGGAGUACAUGCUCCAGGCCUGCCUUCCUGGUUUGCUCUUGGCUGUUCCAGGCUUAGCCACUUUGCAUCCUGUGCCUAGUGUCACAGGGUCCCAGGAGCUUGGCUUGGUCCCUUUUACUCUCUGUCUUCUGUGGGGCCAGAGAUCUCAGUUCCUUUCAGUGGCUGGAGGCUUGGGACAUGGGGUGUCCUUCAAGUGAACGUCACCUUUGCCUGGACCCCAGGCUUCCAUCGCCACCUCACCAGCCAUACCCUGACCUCCUGGGCCCAACACCUCCCCCAUGGCCCCAGAAGGUACCCAGAUACGGCUGCACACCUAGCUGAGAUUCCACCGCCCUCAGCCCCCAUUGGGCACUCCUGAAAAUUGGUUCACCCUGGCUUCAUGCCACACUACGAUGUCCUGCUCUAUGCUCCAGUUCCAUUCAAAUAUAGCCUGGCACAAAUAAACAUUAGCGUGUCUGUGUGUA